GACAAUGUCUCGUGUGUUUUGUAUUUAAAAGUUGAAUUAUUAUUUCGAACGAAACCUCAAUACUUAAGUCGCGUUGAAAAGAGGUUGAAAAGAACAAAACCUAACGUCAUUGCGUCAAAGUGAAGUGAUGUUAUUUGCACGAAUUUAUUGCUACUUAAAUUCACAUAACUAACUAAGUAAUAACAGUUAAUGUUGCGUUUGUUAAGGAAAGUAAAAAAAAUGCGUUCGCUGCUAUCGCCUUUGAGUAGAAAAACCAAAAUGUUUAUGUAUCUUCUGCUCUUAAUCUUGGGAACAUAUUUGAUCAACAUAUUUAUACUCUACGAAAUGAACUUCGUUGCACACAAAGAAAGAAAUAUGCUAGUCAAGCAAGAGUACGUACUCGUCCACAUCGACUUGAAAGGCGCGCCACCUACCACCAAGUAUUUGACCUCCAUGUUGAGCAAGCUGAAGACCUUGGGGGCCAACGGCCUGCUGAUGGAGUACGAAGAUAUGUUCCCUUACAAGGGAAGGAUUGCCAAUCUGAGCACGCCUCAUCGGUACGACGAGGAACCGUUAAAGAAAUUCCUGACAACAGCAACGAAGAUGGACAUUGAAAUCAUUCCACUUGUCCAGACCUUUGGUCACAUGGAGCAUGUUUUAAAACUGGAAGAAUACGAGACUUAUCGUGAGAUGCUGAUGCACCCUGACGUCAUCUGCCCAAGCAAGAACGAGAGCUUAGAUCUGAUAAGGGAAAUGCUGCGGCAGGUAAUAACAUUCCACGAAAGCGUUGCGCCGUUGAAGCAUAUCCAUAUAGGCUGCGAUGAGGUCUACGACAUUAACUUCUGCCACCGCUGCAAAGCUAGGAAGCAAGACGACAUGGACAUAUAUUUAAGACACGUUAAAAACGUCAGAGAUAUAGUCAGGAGUCUCACCCCAACGACCACAGUUCUCAUUUGGGACGAUAUGUUGAGGAAAAUAAGACCAGGAAUGUGGCAGUUUUACGAGCAUUUCGACAACAUCGAACCCGUCGUUUGGGACUACAAAGCACACAUAACCAUAUCGCAUUUGAGUUUAAGAUUCUACCACGAUCAUUUUAGUCAUACGUGGAUAGCUACGGCUUUCAAAGGCGCUGACGGAGUGGAGACUGUACUACCCGAUAUUAGGAAAAGACUCUCGAAUAUAUUAAGCUGGAUGUACUUUAUACAAGGGUAUAAAUUCGGUGGCGAGUCAGAAACACAUAAUUUCAAAGGGAUAGUCUUAACGGGUUGGGCGCGAUACAGCCAUUUUGAACCUCUUUGCGAACUCUUACCAGUAUCAAUGCCAAGCCUGAUCAUGCAGUUGCUCGUCGUGAAGCGGUUCAAUAAAGGAAUACCAGCUUCAAGCCUCGACGAAGACUGGUCCGUAUUCUUCUGGAAACAUCUAUUGGAAGACUUCUACACCGCACUGGAGUGCAACGACGACCUCCGAAUCCACAUUGACAGUUUCAACGGAUGCAAAUUCAACGGGACAUUUCCACUAUACAACAUCAUUCGCAACUACACGACAUUUGUAGAUAGAAUGCUGAAUAAGUUUAAGGAUAAUGACUUUGAUUUAUACAUGCAAUAUGGUAAUAUUCACAUGAGGAAGACGUUGGAAUUCCUAUCAGAUUCUGAAGGUAUAUACGGGUCUUUAAGGUAUUUGGAAGUGGUAUCCAAAAAGGCGAUGCAGAGAUAUUUCAGUGCCAAUGUGUAUAAAGAGUACAUAGGUUAUAAGAGCUAUAGGCUUUAUAAGUUGUUGCAUCAAUGUGCGAUGAAGGCUAAGAGUGUUGUCGAUUUGAGGAGGUGGGGAAGAGGCAGGAAGAUACCAGAGUUUCCCUUCUUUCAGCCUCCAUAUGUGACGUCUCUAACUACGAAGGAUCUGAAGAAACUAUCGACGAAAAGCGUGUCUACGUACAAUACCAGGACACUUGGACCAGGCAUCUUCGGGUAGGCCAUCGACAAUACGACACACGGAAUAGAAGAAAAAGGUUGGUUAUUUCUUUUUUAUUUUGGUGCAAUAAAGUGUAUUUGUAUUGUAUUGUAUUGUUGGUAAAUGAUAAAUGAUA